AUGGAAUCAAACAAAAAAACCGUAAAAGUUCUGCGUGAUGAGCUUGCUGCACUGGGCGCAAAAAGAACAGGAAAUAAAAAAGUGCUUGAGAAAAGGCUCGAAAAUUGGAACAAACACAACCUGAACUCAACUCUUGUUGCUGUUCCUCCAGUUCCUGCAGCAGAUAGUAGCGCGUUUGAGAAUAUGAAGAAAUAUAAUGCGAUGGAAGACCUCCCGACUGAACAGCUUAAGUGGCUAACGUUUGAAACCAUCAAGCAGUACUUCCAACAACAUAAUGCGCUCAACAGUUUCAAGGAGGGCCGAAAACUGCAUGUGGCGAAUCAUUUGCGACAAGUUGGAUUUGGAAAAACAUCUGCGGGAGGUCUUCAAGUUCGCAGCUUUUGUAAGGCUGCAAUGAAGAAGCAAGUAUUAUACUGUGUAAUAGUUGAGCUCGCAAUCGCAAGCAUUUCCAAAUGUACUUGCACAUGCCCUGCAGGACAGGGAAAUUCAGCUGCCUGUAAACAUGUUGCUGCCUUAUUGCUUUGCUUGGAGUGCUACUUAGAAACAGGUACGAUUUUUACUGGUGCUUCGUGUACGUCGGAGUUGCAGCAGUGGCACAAACCUCCAAAACUAGAAGACGAGCAAAUAAAUAAACAUAAUUUUACAACUACUACUACUGGAAGCAGCAGCAGUAGUAGAAAGGCAGCGGUUCCUGUCAACCACGAGUUUGCACCCCGAACCUUGCGCGUUGUUCACGCCGAGCUGGCUGCUGGCAGCGAGCCCCGUUUGAUGGUGCAAGCACUCCGAUGUGGAUCAACCUAA